UAACUCAGCUGGUCACUUGUCUUCUCUCCAAGGCUACCUUGGCAGCUGGCAGCAUGAUGCAGGCCCAUGGAGAUUUUGAUGUUGCCCUCUCCAAAUACAGAGUGGUAGCCAGCAGUGUACCUGAAAGCCCCCCGCUGUGGAACAACAUUGGGAUGUGCUUCUAUGGGAAGAAGAAAUAUGUAGCAGCUAUCAGUUGCCUGAAACGGGCAAACUACUUGGCUCCCUUUGACUGGAAGAUUUUGUACAAUUUGGGGUUAGUCCACCUCACGAUGCAGCAGUAUGCGUCUGCUUUCCACUUCCUCAGCGCUGCCAUCAACUUCCAACCCAAGAUGGGAGAGCUGUAUAUGCUCCUUGCAGUUGCUCUGACAAACCUUGAAGACGUUGAGAAUGCGAAACGUUCCUAUGAGCAAGCUGUGGCACUGGACAAGUGCAACCCCCUCGUCAACCUGAACUAUGCCAUCCUGCUUUAUAACCAGGGCGACAAGAAGGGAGCCCUCUGCCAGUACCAGGAGAUGGAGAAGAAGGUCAACGCAGUGAAGGAGAGCAGUACGCUUGACUUUGAUCCCGAGAUGGUGGAGGUUGCCCAGAGGAUGGGAGCUGCCCUGCAGGUGCGGGAGAGCCUGGUCUGGACUAAAACUUCUAAAGAGUCUAAAUCCAAGCAACGAGCUGCUUCGUCAGGGAAAUCCUCCAGCACUCAGCAGCCUCUGGGCUCGAACCAGGCCCUGGGUCAAGCCAUGUCCUCAGCUGCGGGGUACGGGAAAAACAUGCAGCUUCCCCCAGGUGCUGGAGCAUCAGCUCCACUUACAAAGCCUCCCUCACUGCCUCUGGAACCAGAACCAGGCUCAGAAACAAGCCCCGAGGAGACCCCGGCACCAGCGGGGGCUGAGGAACAGAGGAAAGAAAAGCGCAAGAGCCGGCAGGCAGCGGACUAG